AUGAAGCCCUUGUCGUCUUCAUCAUCCACAAGACGGUCAAGAACACAGACUGUAUCCAUCUUUACCGCCGCCGCAACCAAUUACAGCGAAGAAGACGUCCAAGACAAUGACUGUCCUCGUGGAUAUUUUUUGAACAGCGUCGAAAACAGUUGUACUCCCUUGGGACCAUUGGGACGAAUUUCACAAUACUUUGAAACCAUGGGGCCGUUCCAACGAAUGUAUCAAGGAAUCUGCAACUUGUUUGGCCUGGAUACACAACGAAUAUCCAAUUUGGGGGUCACCUUUGCCUUGUCGUAUUCCAUUUUGAGCCAAAUUAAUGCAAGUAUCAGUCUUUCCAUGGCUUGGUACUUGUCCUGCAAACGUACAGGUUUAUCACCCUUGGCACCGGGUCAAUGGAAAUCACUGUUGACAUCUUAUGCGUCCUUGUAUGCAGUCCUUACCGUCCUGAGACCCUUUCGUGUGGCUGCUGCUGUAGCCAUGUCGAAACUUUCCAAGGAAAUGUUGGAAGCGACGGAACAAAAAUUGGAUUGUUCCAGAAGUGCUGCCAUUGCCUUUCAAUAUGCAUUGGGAUGGAUCGCUUGGCUUUGUUUGGCAUCGACGGGUGUAGCGAUUGCUAGCCUUGUGACGGGUGUUCCCAUUCUAUAG